AUGUCACAAGAAGUCUACAGCGGCGGCGGUGGUAACGGUGGCGACGGUGCGGCCCCUCAGCUAUACUUCUGUUACCAAUGCAACCGUACGGUGUCCAUCAGACCUUCGCCUACAGCCUCCUCCGAACUCGUUUGUCCCAAUUGCAACGGUGGGUUCCUAGAGGAAUACGAAAACCCUAACCCUAGGCCGGAAACCCCAAAUCCUUUUCUUGCCUUCGAAGAUCCUUCCCCUUUCUCCUCCUUCUCCUCUGGCUUCCCGCUCGUUUUCUCUACCACUUCCCGUGCCGGCGCUGGGAGUGGCGAUUUCCAGAAUCCCAAUGAUCUAUCGACACUCUUUGGUGGUCCGAUAUCUCGACCUGGAGGUGUCCAGAGCCCAGGAGAGUUUAAUCCUUUUGCAUUUCUACAGAAUUAUCUCAACACCUUACGAGCAGGUGGGGCGAACAUCCAGUUUGUUAUUGAAAACAACACAGAUGGAGAUCCGUCGGGGUUUCGUCUCCCAUCGAAUCUCGGUGAUUACUUCAUUGGUCCUGGGUUAGAACAAUUGAUUCAACAGCUUGCUGAAAACGAUCCUAAUCGAUAUGGCACUCCCCCUGCAUCAAAAUCAGCCGUCGAAAACCUUCCUAAUAUCAAGAUCACGAAACAGUUGUUGGAGUCAGAUUACUCCGAUUGUGCAGUUUGUAAAGACAGCUUUGAACUUGAUGAGGAGGCGAAACAGUUGCCAUGUAAGCACAUGUACCAUCAGGAUUGCAUUUUGCCGUGGUUGGAGCUGCAUAACUCCUGUCCUGUUUGCCGGUAUGAGUUGCCUACGGACGACCCAGAUUAUGAGAACAGGUCACGCCAAGCUUCUAGCGGUGGUGGUUCUUUAGGCGCUGCAGCGUCUGGUGGUGGUUCUCAGGAUAGUCCUCUGACACCAAGGACUCUGGAGAGGAGGUUUAGGAUAAACCUGCCAUGGCCUUUCACGGGAUCCAGUACGCCUGCUGAGACAAGCAAUAGUGGAGCAGGGAACAACAAUUCUGGAGAUGCCAACCAGGGGAGUGGUGGUCACGCUAGACAAGAAGAUCUUGACUAA